GCGACAAACAAACAUCUGCUCUCGGGAUUCUCACUCUCUUGUACCGCUCCAUCUCAUAUACCGUUGCCACAUCAAUUCGCACUAUGGCCAACGAUUCAGAAGCUGCCGUUGCGCAGUCCAUCCCAACCGAGCUUCCCUUGCGGACACAGCCCAACGAUUCCACCUUUGACAUCGUCGCCACCUACAGAGACCUCCUCGCGUCCGACCCCGACCUCACAAAACCCGUCGCCGCCAUCGAGUCCCUCAUCGCCCUCCUCAACACCGUCCCCUCCACCACCGUAUACGAGACGCUCGACACGGUCAAAUCCCACUCCGACCUCCUCAAGGCCUCCGUCGAGAACCCGCUGCCGCUCCAGGCGGGCACCGACCUCUUCCUCCAGUACCUCGUCUCGUCGCUCAAGCAGCAGGACGGCAGCUUCGACGCCGUACGGCAGCACCUGCUGCGCAAUGGACGCCUGUUUGCGAGUAGGGCCAUCGCAGCCAGGAACGGCAUUGCGGAAGCGGGCUGGCGCUUCGUGCGGGAGGGCAAGUGCGUGCUGACCCACGGCGCGUCGCGAUCGGUGACGGGGCUGCUGGAGCGGGCGGCCAAGAACAGCGAGGGCAAGUUCCGGGUCGUCUACGUGCGGGACGAGGUGCGCGCCGAGGAGAGCGAUCGCGUGGUCAAGGAGCUGCGGAGCAAGGGCAUCCCGGUCGCGGAGAUUCCAGAGGCGGCCGUGGCACAUGUCAUGGGGCUGCUGCGACAGGUUCACAUGGUGUUUGUGGGUGCGGAGGCUGUGACCCAGAAUGGGGGCAUCAUUUCUCGUAUUGGCACGUUCCAGGUGGCCAAGCUGGCUUCGCAGGCCAAGAUUCCGUUUUAUGUUGCUGCCGAGACACACAAGUUUGUGCGCAAGUUUCCUUUGGACCAGAGGGAUAUUGGCUAUAAGCAGGAGGUGCUGGAUUUCUCGGCUACGGAAUCAAGCAAGCAGCCCAAGGAUGCUGUUGAUUACACACCCCCGGAGCUCAUCUCAAAUUUAGUCACGGAAAACGGCGUUCACUUGCCCGGAUAUGUAUUCGAGCAGCUUCUUGAUAUAUACGGCAGCUUGAACGGCUAGAGCCGGAGAGAAAAUAGAUGAAAAUCAGAGUUUUUGAUUGGCCGAUGUGAUGGGCCAGAUGUCUGCCAGGGUUAGUGUCAUGUGUUAUGUAUAGAUAUAUCAGCGGAUAAGAAGAUUAUCAAAUCAGAUAAUAGUAUUGAUAAGAUUUUAACAAUACUACAUGUUUACAACCUCUUUAUUGAGGCUGUGC